GGAGGACUUCCCUCCAGUCUUUUGCCCUUAUGUUCAAUGUCAUUACGAUGUUUGGCUAGAACAAAAUGGAAAGACUUAGUCAUAUGCGUCCAUGGCCGUGUCUUCAGGCUCCCGCGGCUUGCCAGACCCAGAGCCCCCUCGGUCUAUAUUUAGCGGCUUCGGAGGAAGCCUUUGUAGCCGGCUUCACAGGUUUCGGGGGCUUCUGCGUGCUGACAAUAGACAGCCGGGCUCCGGAAAGCGCUGCCUGAAAGCCAGGUUUGGAAGGCUGAGCUAUGCCUGUCCCAGACCAGCCUUCAUCAGCCUCAGAGAAGACAAGUUCCCUGAGCCCCGGCUUAAACACCUCCAACGGGGAUGGAUCUGAAACAGAAACCACCUCUGCCAUCCUCGCCUCAGUCAAAGAACAGGAAUUACAGUUUGAAAGGCUGACCCGAGAGCUGGAGGCUGAACGGCAGAUCGUAGCCAGCCAGCUGGAGCGAUGCAAGCUGGGGUCCGAGACUGGCAGCAUGAGCAGCAUCAGUUCAGCAGAAGAGCAGUUUCACUGGCAGUCACAAGAUGGUCAAAAAGAUAUUGAAGAUGAGCUCACAACCGGUCUCGAGCUGGUGGACUCCUGUAUUAGGUCACUGCAGGAAUCGGGAAUACUUGACCCACAGGAUUAUUCUACAGGUGAAAGGCCCAGCCUGCUCUCCCAGAGUGCACUUCAGCUCAAUUCCAAACCUGAAGGGUCUUUCCAGUAUCCGGCCAGCUACCAUAGCAACCAGACCCUGGCCUUGGGGGAAACCACCCCUUCACAGCUCCCGGCCCGAGGCACACAAGCCCGAGCUGCGGGCCAGAGCUUCAGCCAGGGCACGACCAGCCGCGCCGGCCACCUGGCGGGGCCCGAGCCCGCGCCGCCGCCGCCGCCGCCGCCGCGGGAGCCGUUCGCGCCCAGCCUGGGCAGCGCCUUCCACCUGCCCGACGCGCCGCCCGCCUCCGCCGCGCUCUACUACUCCAGCUCCACGCUGCCCGCGCCACCGCGCGGGGGCUCCCCGCUGGCCGCGCCCCAGGGCGGCUCGCCCACCAAGCUGCAGCGCGGCGGCUCGGCCCCCGAGGGCGCCACCUACGCCGCGCCGCGCGGCUCCUCGCCCAAGCAGUCGCCCAGCCGCCUGGCCAAGUCCUACAGCACCAGCUCGCCCAUCAACAUCGUCGUGUCCUCGGCCGGCCUGUCCCCGAUCCGCGUGACCUCGCCCCCCACCGUGCAGUCCACCAUCUCCUCCUCGCCCAUCCACCAGCUGAGCUCCACCAUCGGCACGUACGCCACCCUGUCGCCCACCAAGCGCCUGGUCCACGCGUCCGAGCAGUACAGCAAGCACUCGCAGGAGCUGUAUGCCACGGCCACCCUCCAGAGGCCGGGCAGCCUGGCAGCUGGGUCCCGAGCUUCAUACAGCAGCCAGCAUGGGCACCUGGGCCCAGAGUUGCGGGCCCUGCAGUCCCCAGAACAUCACAUAGAUCCCAUCUAUGAAGACCGCGUUUAUCAGAAGCCCCCUAUGAGGAGUCUCAGCCAGAGCCAGGGGGACCCUCUGCCGCCAGCACACACCGGCACCUACCGCACGAGCACAGCCCCAUCUUCCCCUGGUGUCGACUCCGUCCCCUUGCAGCGCACAGGCAGCCAGCAUGGCCCGCAGAAUGCCGCCGCGGCCACCUUCCAGAGGGCCAGCUAUGCCGCAGGCCCGGCCUCCAAUUACGCGGACCCCUACCGACAGCUGCAGUAUUGUCCCUCUGUUGAGUCUCCGUACAGCAAAUCCGGCCCUGCUCUCCCGCCCGAAGGCACCUUGGCCAGGUCCCCGUCCAUUGAUAGCAUUCAGAAAGAUCCCAGAGAAUUUGGAUGGAGAGACCCGGAACUGCCGGAAGUGAUUCAGAUGUUGCAACACCAGUUUCCCUCCGUCCAGUCUAACGCGGCAGCCUACUUGCAACACCUCUGCUUUGGAGACAACAAAAUUAAAGCCGAGAUAAGAAGACAAGGAGGCAUCCAGCUCUUGGUGGACCUGUUGGAUCAUCGGAUGACUGAAGUCCACCGUAGCGCCUGUGGAGCUCUGAGAAACCUGGUGUAUGGGAAGGCCAAUGAUGAUAACAAAAUUGCUCUGAAAAACUGUGGCGGUAUCCCAGCGCUGGUGAGGUUACUCCGCAAGACCACCGACCUGGAGAUCCGGGAGCUGGUCACAGGAGUCCUCUGGAACCUCUCCUCAUGCGAUGCACUCAAAAUGCCAAUCAUCCAGGAUGCCCUGGCAGUACUGACCAACGCAGUGAUUAUCCCCCACUCAGGCUGGGAAAAUUCGCCUCUUCAGGAUGAUCGGAAAAUACAGCUGCAUUCAUCACAGGUGCUGCGUAACGCCACCGGGUGCCUAAGGAAUGUUAGUUCGGCCGGAGAGGAGGCUCGCAGAAGGAUGCGAGAGUGUGAUGGGCUCACAGAUGCCUUGCUGUACGUGAUCCAGUCUGCACUGGGGAGCAGUGAGAUCGAUAGCAAGACCGUUGAAAACUGUGUGUGCAUUUUAAGGAACCUCUCGUACCGGCUGGCGGCAGAAACGUCUCAGGGACAGCACAUGGGCACGGAUGAGCUGGACGGGCUACUCUGUGGCGAGGCCAAUGGCAAGGACGCUGAGAGCUCUGGUUGCUGGGGCAAGAAGAAGAAGAAAAAGAAAUCCCAAGAUCAGUGGGAUGGAGUAGGACCUCUUCCAGACUGUGCCGAACCACCAAAAGGGAUCCAGAUGCUGUGGCACCCAUCAAUAGUCAAACCCUACCUCACACUGCUCUCUGAGUGCUCAAAUCCAGACACGCUGGAAGGGGCGGCAGGCGCCCUGCAGAACUUGGCUGCAGGGAGCUGGAAGGGCUGGGCUGAGGAUGUGGCAGGCAUGGCAUAUGCCCUACGUUCACUGCCAGAGGGGGCUCCCUGCCUGCCACAGUGGUCAGUUUAUAUCCGAGCCGCUGUCCGGAAGGAGAAAGGCCUGCCCAUCCUCGUGGAGCUGCUCCGGAUAGACAAUGACCGCGUGGUGUGCGCGGUGGCCACGGCACUGCGGAACAUGGCCUUGGACGUGAGAAAUAAGGAGCUCAUUGGCAAAUAUGCCAUGCGAGACCUAGUCCACAGACUUCCAGGUGGGAACAACAGCAACAGCACGGCAAGCAAGGCCAUGUCGGAUGACACAGUGACAGCCGUCUGCUGCACCCUGCACGAAGUGAUUACCAAGAACAUGGAGAACGCCAAGGCCUUACGGGAUGCCGGUGGCAUCGAGAAGUUGGUCAGCAUCUCCAAAAGCAAAGGAGAUAAACACUCUCCAAAAGUGGUCAAGGCCGCAUCUCAGGUCCUCAACAGCAUGUGGCAGUACCGAGAUCUGAGGAGUCUCUACAAAAAGGAUGGAUGGUCACAAUACCACUUUGUAGCCUCGUCUUCAACCAUUGAGAGGGACCGGCAGCGGCCCUAUUCCUCCUCCCGCACGCCCUCCAUCUCCCCUGUGCGCGUGUCUCCCAACAACCGCUCAGCAAGUGCCCCAGCUUCACCUCGGGAAAUGAUCAGCCUCAAGGAAAGGAAAACAGACUACGAGUGCACCGGCAGCAAUGCCACCUACCAUGGAGCGAAAGGCGAACACACUUCCAGGAAAGAUGCCAUGACAGCUCAAAACACUGGAAUUUCAACUUUGUAUAGGAAUUCAUAUGGUGCGCCCACUGAAGACAUCAAACACAACCAGGUUUCAGCACAGCCAGUCCCACAGGAGCCCAGCAGAAAAGACUACGAGACCUACCAGCCAUUUCAGAAUUCCACGAGAACUUACGACGAGUCCUUCUUCGAGGACCAGGUCCACCAUCGCCCUCCCGCCAGCGAGUACACCAUGCACCUGGGGCUCAAGUCCACCGGCAACUAUGUUGACUUCUACUCAGCUGCCCGUCCCUACAGCGAACUGAACUAUGAAACGAGCCACUACCCGGCCUCCCCCGACUCCUGGGUGUGAGGAGCGGGGCACAGGCGCUCCGGGAACAGUGCAUGUGCAUGCAUAACCACAAGACAUUUCUUUCUGUUUUAUUUUUUUCUCCUGCAAAUUUAGUUUGUUAAAGCCUGUUCCAUAGGAAGGCUGUGAUAACCAGUAAGGACAUAUUAAGAGCUAUUUUAGAAAGCUAAAUGAAUCGCAGGUUAACUUGGAAAUCAGUAGAACGCUAAAGCGAUCCUAAAUACGACAGUGGGUAGCACCUUUCUAGCGUGAGCUAUAGAAUAAUGAGAAGGGCUUUGUAUUGAACGUGGCUGAUGGGAGGAGACGAGGCAUUCGGGCCGGUGGAGCGUGAGGGUUAUCAUUAAGCACAAGACACAGAAUAGUUUACACACUGUAUGGGGGACGGCUUCUCACGCUUUGUUUACCCUCUUCAUCCGUUGUGAUUCUAGGCUUCAAGUUGCAUUGGGGUUCCUCUGUACAGCAAGAUGUUUCUUGCCUUUUGUUAAUGCAUUGUUGUAAAGUAUUUGAUGUACAUUACAGAUUAAAGAAGAAAAGCGCGCUGUGUAUAUUACACCAAUGCCGCCGUGUUUCCUCAUCUAUGGUUCUAAAUAUUGCUUCAAUUUCAAACUUUUGAAAGAUGUAUGGAUUUCCGGUUUUUCUUUACUUUCUCCCAGUAUGUUUUAACAAAAAAAAAAAAAAAAAAAAAAAAAAAAGCAGGAAAAAAGGAAUAUUUAGCAGUAUUGUUCGUUCUGAUAUGUGAAUUUGUUUGUGGCGACUAAACAAGGCAUUCAGCAGUUUCUGACAAUUAACAUACAUCAUUCCACACUCCUUGUCAACAAAGUGCUUUUUCACUGCCUAAAAUUUUAGAUGUAGAUAUUUGAAAUAGAUUUUUUCAUUUAUACCAGUUUUCUUUAUGAUGAUACAGUGUUAAAAGAAAAUAAAUUACAAUUGAUCUGUCAUCCAUA